AUGUGUGGUAUUCUUGGUAUAGCAUUAGCUGAUCAGAACGCCUCUGUGGCACCAGAACUAUGCGAUGGUUGCAUUUUUUUGCAGCAUAGAGGCCAAGACGCAGCUGGUAUCGCCACCUGUGGUUCCCGUGGUAGAAUCUACCAGUGCAAAGGGAAUGGUAUGGCCAGAGAUGUUUUCACUCAGCAACGUGUUUCGGGCUUGGUUGGGUCUAUGGGUAUUGCACACCUAAGGUAUCCAACUGCUGGCUCUUCUGCAAACUCCGAAGCCCAACCUUUUUAUGUGAAUAGUCCAUAUGGUAUUAACCUUGCCCACAAUGGUAACUUGGUCAACACUGUUUCUUUGAAGAGAUAUAUGGAUGAAGAUGUACACAGACAUAUCAACACCGACAGUGACUCAGAACUACUAUUGAACAUAUUUGCCUCUGAACUUGAGAAGCAUAACAAGUACAGAGUCAACAAUGAAGAUGUGUUUCAUGCUCUAGAAGGUGUAUACAGACUAUGUCGUGGUGGUUAUGCUUGUGUGGGACUGUUAGCUGGUUUUGCUUUGUUUGGUUUCAGAGACCCUAAUGGUAUUAGACCACUAUUGUUUGGUGAGCGUGUCAACGAGAAUGGGGAUAAGGAUUACAUGCUUGCAUCUGAGAGUGUUGUAUUAAACGCCCAUGGAUUCACCAAGUUUGUGGAUGUGAAACCUGGUCAGGCAGUCAUCAUUCCAAAGGAUCCAAAGGAAGGUGGCCUUCCAGAGUUUAGGCAGGUUGUCCCUAUGAACUCAUACAGACCGGACUUAUUUGAAUAUGUUUACUUCGCAAGACCGGAUAGCAUUCUUGAUGGUAUUUCUGUGUAUCAUACAAGACUAGAAAUGGGUGUUAAACUAGCUGAAAACAUUAAGAAGCAGGUUGGUGUUGAGGAUAUCGAUGUCGUCAUUCCAGUCCCAGAUACCGCUAGAACAACUGCUCUGCAAUGUGCGAAUGCACUUAAUAGACCGUACAGAGAUGGAUUUAUAAAGAAUAGAUACGUUGGCAGAACAUUCAUUAUGCCAAAUCAAAAAGAAAGAGUCUCAUCAGUUAGAAGGAAAUUGAAUCCAAUGGACUCUGAAUUCAGAGACAAGAAUGUUUUAAUUGUUGAUGAUUCCAUUGUCAGAGGAACAACAUCUAGAGAAAUAGUUAACAUGGCCAAAGAGUCUGGUGCCAAGAAGGUGUAUUUUGCCUCAGCUGCUCCUGCCAUCAGAUACAACCACAUUUAUGGAAUUGAUUUGACUGACACAAAGAAUCUAAUUGCAUUUAAUAAAUCAGAGGAAGAAGUCGCUGAAGCAAUUGGUUGUGAUAAAGUCAUUUAUCAAUCAUUGGAGGAUUUAAUUGAAUGCUGCAGAACGGAACAAAUCCAAAACUUUGAGGUUGGUGUGUUCACAGGUAACUAUGUUACUGGUGUAGAAGAUGGUUAUUUGAUUGAGUUGGAACGUGUUAGAGCGGAAAAUGCAGAAUGUAAGGCCGAUGUAAAGCCUGAAAGUGAUGUUGGACUCUACAACUGUGCUGACUACUCAUCAUAA